AGAAGAAGGGCCACACACAGCUUAGAGAUCACGAACGCAAACCCAAAAGAGCAAAAAGCCAAAGUUGGCCUGAAGUACCAGAAAGCGAAAGCUCACCUUACCGACAAACACACCCAUUUACUAAUGUUUUCCAAAACCAUUCAAAAUCAACUUAAAAAAAAAUCUAAAAUAUACAGCCCUGCUCUAUUGCCAGAUUAACAUUGGCUCCAUCCAGAGCACGGAUCAACAACUCAAAGCUUCAAACAUGAAUUCUGCUCUGGCAAUAGAAGUACCCACUAAAGCAAGAAAUUUGUGGCCUUCCACUCUCAUGCAUACAAAGCUUAUAAUUUGGGAACAUUUUUGCAGAGGGAAUAAAGGGUUCAUCUUCAGCAAGAAUCUUUCUUUCUCUUUUUCUUCCCUCCUUUUCUUUUGCAUUUUAACAGAGGCCUCUGUUAAAGCAUCAAGAGCACAUAUAUAGGAGUAAUUUGGAAGCUUCAAGUCUUCAACUCUAGAGAGAAAGAAUUACCAAAAAAUAAAAAAAAUUAGAGAGAGAGAGAGAGAGAGAGAGAGAGAGAGACGUUGUCUGUUUUGUUGAAUUUUGGCUCUAUGUUUAUUGAACCCAUGUAACUGUUGGUGUGUGUAUAGUACCUGACUCUUCGAAAAGGCCUCUACUUCAGAGUGAGAUCAAGGAGCAUAAUUUUGGGGGGAAUGGGGUAAGGCUUUGCUGUCUUAUCUUAAUUAGUAUAUUUUUCUCGGCAAAAGGUAGUAUUGUUGGAAUAAGUAGAUUAGUACCUUGGAGGUGGAGUUCAACUGAAUUCCUGACCUCCUUACUCCUAGGACCUAAGUGCAUCUGAUGCCGUUGGGCUAAAGGUGCAUCUUACUUAACUACUUUGGACAGUUGAGUUGUAUGCAUUCAUGUACAUGUUCAUACGUGCUUGUGCAUGUGUGUGUAUUUUUGUUUACUUUGUGGUGGGAGUGAAAGGAUUGAAGAGUGGAACAUAUCUGAAAGUGCUUAAUUUGAGUUGGGUUUGUGUCAUUUCACAAGGGUUUGUUUGGUUUCAAAGUUUAUGGUAGUUGUAGUCAUGGCAAGUUCCUUCAUUUUACAGGUACAUUGUUUUCAUAGAGUUGGUAGAUUUUGUUCUUUCCUCAGGGCAAUAAUCAACAAAAAUUUGGGGCUUUGACAAUGGUUGCUUACCCUCCUCCUCCUUUGGUUUUAUAUUCCUCUGUUGAGGGCUGGUAGUCUCCGGGUAUAUUUUCUCCGUUCAAAAUGAAUAAAUUAAUCUCUCUCUCUUCCAUACUUUAAAGAGGGAAACUCUUCUCUCACUGUGAUUGGUUUCUUCCCUUUAGAGAGUUGUUCGUAUGCGGAGCUUGUGUCAUUAUGGGUAGCUGAUCCAGUACUUGAGAAUCUCCGAGAUUCAAUUCGCUCAAAAUACUUUCUGAAAGAUAUAUAGUAACCAACCUCUUUUUGAUUGGUAAUAUUCCAUGAUAUCUAUCUUUCGAGUUAUUUAGUUGGCUAGCCAGUUUGCCCCAUAGCUACAGAAGAUUUGUGCUAUGGCAAAAACUUUUGGCCAUUCUGCACUUCUGGUUCUGAUUUUCCUAUCCAUUUUGUCCGAGUACUCUGAGCAACUACAAUCAUCUCAAGUGCAAACCCUUUUGAGACUCAAACACCUUUUGAAUUCCCCAGCUGCUCUAAGCAGCUGGACUAACGACACAGAUUUUUGCAACACAGAACCAAGUCCAUCUGUAACUGUCGUGUGCUACGACAAAAGCAUAACCCAGCUUCUUAUCAUUGGGGAGAAGGGGACUCCUCCAUUGCCUCGUAGUUUCUCCAUAGAUUCGUUUUUCACUACCCUUGUUAAGAUUCCCACCUUGAAAGUCCUCACAUUGGUCUCCCUCGGCCUUUGGGGUCCACUACCCGGCAAAAUUGCAAGAUUAUCAUCCCUGGAAAUAUUCAAUGUCAGUUCAAAUUUCAUCAACGGUGCCAUUCCACAAGAAAUCUCAUCCUUAACAAACAUCCAAACGCUCAUACUGGAUGACAACAUGUUCAACGGUCAACUUCCACAUUGGCUGAGUUCACUUUCAGUUUUGUCUGUUUUGAGUUUGAAAAGUAAUUCUUUAGAAGGGGUUUUACCAGAGUCAUUGGGAAGCUUGGAAAAUCUGAGAAUUCUUGAUCUCUCACAUAACCAUUUUCUCGGUCAAGUGCCUGAUCUUAGCAGUCUAACAAGCCUUCAAGUUCUUGACUUGGAAAAUAAUUCCCUCGGGCCUCAAUUUCCUCGUGUCAAUAAGAAAAUAGUUUUCCUUGUACUGAGAAACAACAAGUUCAGCUCGGGCAUUCCCAGUGAAGUGAGCUCCUAUUAUCAGCUUCAGAAGCUAGAUAUUUCUUUGAACAGAUUUGUCGGUCCGUUUCCCCCAUCAUUAUUAGGACUUCCUUCGAUUACUUUUCUGAGUAUUUCCGGAAACAGAUUUACUGGAAUGCUUUUUGAAAACUUGUCUUGCAAUUCUGGACUGGAAUAUGUGGAUUUGUCAUCAAAUCUCCUGACCGGAAAGCUUCCCGACUGUUUCCAGUCUGAUUCCAAGGACCUAACUGUGCUUUAUUUUGGGAAUUGUUUAAACAUGGGUGAUAAAAGUCAACACCCGUUUUCAUUUUGCCGAAAUGAAGCUCUAGCUGUGGGAAUCUUACCUCAUCGCCGGAAGCGUGAACAAACGUCUAAAAUAGUUCUUGCCGUCAGCAUAUCUGGGGGGAUUAUUGGAGGAAUUGCACUUGUUGGUUUAGCUUUCUUGAUUGCAAGAAGAGUUCAUUUGAAGCAGACAAGGGGAUUAGUACCACCGCGAUCAAUAGCAGAGAGUGCAUCAACUGGGUACAGCUCAAAGUUGAUGUCAGAGGCAAGAUAUGCAUCACAAGCAACGAGGUUAGGAGCUCUCGGCCUUCCUGCUUACCGAAUGUUUUCACUGGAAGAACUUGAAGAGGCAACAGAUAGCUUUGAUACAUCGACUUUCCUGGACCAAGGUUCACAUGGACAGAUGUAUAGAGGACGCAUGAAGGAUGGUUCCUUUGUUGCUAUCAGAUGCCUGAAAAUGAAAAGAAGCCAGACCACUCAAAGCUUUAUGCAUUACAUAGAGUUGAUCUCAAAACUUCGACAUCGCCAUUUGGUCAGUGCUCUGGGACACUGCUUCGAGUGUUACUUGGACGAUUCAAGUGUCAGCAGAUUAUUUCUUGUCUUCGAAUUUGUUCCUAAUCGAACCCUGAGGAGCUGGGUAUCUAAGAGAGGUGCAAGACGAACACUUACUUGGGCACAACGCAUAGCCGCAGCUAUAGGGGUGGCAAAGGGCAUCCAAUUCCUGCAUACUGGAAUUGUUCCGAGCGUCUUUGCGAACAAUUUGAAAAUAAUUGAUGUUUUCUUGGAUCAGAACCUUGUUGCAAAAAUUAGCAGUUACAACCUACCUUUUUUAGCAGAGAGCAUGCGGCAGGUUGGUGAACAAAUUUCUUCUGGUGGAUCCAAAGGGCUUGACAAAGCAAGGGUAAAACAUGAGGAGAAGUCUGAUGUUUAUGACUUUGGAGUUAUAUUGCUAGAAAUCAUUAUGGGAAGACCACUUGAUUCGACGGAUGAAUUGGAUGUCGAAAGAGAUCUAUUACAGAGGGUCAUAACAGCCGACAAUGCAGCUCGAAGGAGCGCAAUUGAUCCAGCAAUUCACAAUGGAUACGCAGACGAAUCAGUGAAAACAAUGAUGGAAAUAUGCAUCAGAUGUCUAGUUAAGGAUCCAGGUGACCGGCCAUCUAUUGAGGAUGUUCUUUGGAACUUGCAAUUUGCUGCACAAGUUCAGGAUGCGUGGCAUGGAGACACCCAGAGCAGCGACGGGUCUCCCAUCUUGCUUGUCCAACCUCCACGUCGGCAGCGCAAUCUACAAUAGGAGCGAACUUUUAAGAUUCUAGGUACUUGUUUUUGCUAUAUAAGAAAUAACUCCCCUUGAUUAGUUUACUACAUUCAAAAGGUUCUUAUACUUGCACAAGAUUUCCAAAAUUAUUGGUUAAACUUCCGAAUGGGAUUAAAGCAUGAUUUUAUAUCUGUAUAAGCAUAUAUCUAGGAUAAUCAAGUGUGCAUGUAUGCGAACACUUCUGAAAUGUUUGUUCUAUCUUUCAUGUUUAGGCAUAAAGAAAACCUGCCAGUAAGUGGUAAAAUCAUAUUUCGUUUA